CCCCGUCCGCCCCGGGACGGCCCAGCCGCGGGGACUUGCUCCGUCUGCGGUGCGUGCAGGUGGUCCGGGCAGGCGCUGCCUUGGGAGGCUCCCCACGGGAGGAGGCGGAUCGCUGGGUCCGAACCAGGCUCUGCAGGGAGGUCCUGGCAGGAGCGCGCGGGGCAGGUUGCAAAGCAGAAGGGACAGCCCGGACUGGCGUUGAGGCUCAGGGAACCGACGGAGCGGGCUGCGUGGCUCGGGGCACGGAGCGUGAAGCAAUUAGGCUUGUUUGGGCGGAGAGUUGCCCAGGGAAACCGAACACUUAAGAGCCACUUCUUUGCGCUCUCCAGCCUGCUCUUGGGUGCUGGAGUCAGAGCCCCGGCGAGCGCGCUCCCUCCUCCCACGCUCCCUCUGCCCUUCAGUCUGCGGGAACCCGGCGCAGAGGGGCCCAGACCACCGUGGAGGAUGAAGAAAUAGCUUGGGACCCUUGGAAAAUGAGGCCGCCGCCCCUGCUGCACCUGGCGCUGCUUCUCGCCCUGCCCAGGAGCCUGGGGGGGAAGGGGUGUCCUUCUCCCCCCUGUGAGUGCCACCAGGAGGAUGACUUCAGAGUCACCUGCAAGGAUAUCCACCGCAUCCCCACCCUGCCACCCAGCACGCAGACUCUGAAGUUUAUAGAGACUCAGCUGAAAACCAUUCCCAGUCGUGCAUUUUCAAAUCUGCCCAAUAUUUCCAGGAUCUACUUGUCAAUAGAUGCAACUCUGCAGCGGCUGGAAUCACAUUCCUUCUACAAUUUAAGUAAAAUGACUCACAUAGAGAUUCGGAAUACCAGAAGCUUAACAUCCAUAGACCCUGACGCCCUAAAAGAGCUCCCACUCCUGAAGUUCCUUGGCAUUUUCAACACUGGACUUGGAGUAUUCCCUGAUGUGACCAAAGUUUAUUCCACUGAUGUAUUCUUUAUACUUGAAAUCACAGACAACCCUUACAUGGCUUCCAUCCCUGCCAAUGCUUUCCAGGGGCUGUGCAAUGAAACCCUGACACUGAAACUAUACAACAAUGGCUUUACUUCAAUCCAAGGACAUGCUUUCAAUGGGACAAAACUGGAUGCUGUUUACCUGAACAAGAAUAAAUACCUGUCAGCUAUCGACAAAGAUGCAUUUGGAGGAGUGUACAGUGGACCAACCUUGCUGGAUGUCUCUUACACCAGUGUUACUGCCCUGCCAUCCAAAGGCCUGGAGCAUCUAAAGGAGCUGAUAGCAAGAAACACUUGGACUCUAAAGAAACUCCCACUUUCCUUGAGUUUCCUUCACCUUACACGGGCUGACCUUUCUUAUCCAAGCCACUGCUGUGCUUUUAAGAAUCAGAAGAAAAUCAGAGGAAUCCUUGAGUCCUUAAUGUGUAAUGAGAGCAGUAUUCGGAGCCUGCGCCAGAGAAAAUCUGUGAAUACUUUGAAUGGCCCCUUUGACCAGGAAUAUGAAGAGUAUCUGGGUGACAGCCAUGCUGGGUACAAGGACAACUCUCAGUUCCAGGAUACCCAUAGCAAUUCUCAUUAUUAUGUGUUCUUCGAAGAACAAGAAGAUGAGAUCCUCGGUUUUGGCCAGGAGCUUAAAAACCCACAGGAAGAGACCCUCCAGGCCUUUGAUAGCCAUUAUGACUACACUGUGUGUGGUGGCAAUGAAGACAUGGUGUGUACUCCUAAGUCAGAUGAGUUCAACCCCUGUGAAGACAUAAUGGGCUACAAGUUCCUGAGGAUUGUGGUGUGGUUUGUCAGUCUGCUGGCUCUCCUGGGCAAUGUCUUUGUCCUGAUCGUCCUCCUUACCAGUCACUACAAACUGACUGUCCCACGCUUUCUCAUGUGCAACUUGGCCUUUGCAGAUUUCUGCAUGGGGAUGUAUCUGCUCCUUAUCGCCUCCGUAGACCUCUACACUCAUUCUGAGUACUACAACCAUGCCAUCGACUGGCAGACGGGCCCUGGGUGUAACACAGCUGGUUUCUUCACCGUCUUUGCCAGUGAAUUAUCAGUGUAUACACUGACAGUCAUCACCCUGGAGCGCUGGUAUGCCAUUACCUUCGCCAUGCGCCUGGACAGGAAGAUCCGCCUCAGGCAUGCAUAUGCCAUCAUGGUCGGGGGCUGGGUUUGCUGCUUCCUGCUCGCCCUGCUCCCUCUGGUGGGAAUAAGCAGCUAUGCCAAGGUCAGCAUCUGCCUGCCCAUGGACACUGAGACACCUCUUGCCCUGGCAUAUAUUAUCCUUGUUCUGUUGCUCAACAUAGUUGCCUUUAUCAUUGUCUGCUCCUGUUACGUGAAGAUCUACAUCACAGUCCGAAAUCCCCAGUACAACCCGGGGGACAAAGACACCAAAAUUGCCAAAAGGAUGGCUGUAUUGAUCUUCACUGACUUCAUGUGCAUGGCCCCAAUCUCAUUCUACGCUCUGUCAGCACUUAUGAACAAGCCUCUCAUCACUGUUACCAACUCCAAAAUCUUGCUGGUUCUCUUCUAUCCACUUAACUCCUGUGCCAAUCCAUUUCUCUAUGCUAUUUUCACGAAAGCCUUCCAGAGGGAUGUAUUUAUCCUGCUCAGCAAGUUUGGCAUCUGUAAACGCCAGGCUCAGGCAUACCGGGGCCAGAGGGUUUCUCCAAAGAAUAGUGCUGGUAUUCAGAUCCAAAAGGUUACCCGGGACAUGAGGCAAAGUCUCCCCAACAUGCAGGAUGAGUAUGAACUGCUUGAAAACUCCCAUCUAACCCCAAAUAAACAGGGCCAAAUCUCAAAAGAGUAUAACCAAACAGUUCUGUAAGUAGACCCUAUACUACUCGCAGUGGCAGGGGGACUUCUAAAAAUCUAGUUUCUUGAACACGUAUUCCAAAUUCAUUAUAUACACAAGACAGCUGACCUAACCCUUUGCAGGUGAUGUUUCAUGGGGCAAAUUUCAUCUCCAAAAAGGGGGUAGCACUACCACCUAAUCAUUACCUCCCAGAAGGAAGAGAGGCUACCAGCACUUCUGAACCCUGGUGAUAUCAAGAUAACUGACACUUUCUAGAAAACUUGUUUGAUGCUAACUGCUUUAACAACAUUGUAUAAGAUGUCCAACAGAUAUUAACUGAACCAGGUCAACACUGAGCUUCUCACUUUCAAAUAGCGUUUCAUAGUAAAGAUUCAGCAAAUGGAAAAUGCUAUUAACUGAGUUGGUGACCACAAGAUAGAAUUAGCCCCAUGUUGGCUUGGUCCACCUUCAUGUUCUUGGAUACAACCAAAGAGAAUGUGAAUUCCUCGAAACUGAAAAGUCCAGCAGGAUACAUGCAUGAAGCAGCUAUUAUGAGGUGGAAGGAGGGGAAAGGCUUAGCUUAGUUGUUAUUUCAUCCUCUGAAACUAUAUCAUCUCUUCACAAGGACCUACCUGAUGUGACCCAACUGUUAGGUGUUG